GCGGGGGGUGGCGGGCGGCGUUCGGUACCGCACGGGCAGUACCGGCAACGGCGGCGUCUGAGAGGCGGCGGUCGUUGUCCGGCGCGCAGGGAAUGCGCCUGUGAGGGUGGCGGAGGAGCGGGUGCCGGGUGAAGCCCGGGCGCAGCUGAGCGGAGCGAUGUCCCAGCCCCAGCAGCCGCCGCCGCCGUCCCCUCAGCAGCAGCCGCAGCCGCCGCCUCCGUCCGCCUCCAAGAAGCGAGACCGGCGCAUCUUCUCGGGUACCUGCCCCGAUCCCAAAUGCCAGGCGCGGCUGUUUUUUCCGGCGCACGGGCCGCAGGGCAGCGGCAGCAUCGAGUGCACGGACUGCGGGCGGCGCCACGAGCAGCGGCAGCUGCUGGCCGUGGAGGAGGUGACGGACCCCGACCUGGUGCUGCACAACCUGCUGCGGAAUGCGCUGCUGGGCGUCAGCGGCGCCGGCCCUCCCCGCAGGAACACUGAGCUCGUCAAAGUCAAUGGCCUCUCCAACUACCACUGCAAGCUUCUGGCUCCCAUCCUGGCCCGCUAUGGGAUGGACAAGCAGACUGGCAAAGCCAAGCUCCUCACGGAGAUGAACCAGGGAGACAUCUUUGACUGCUCCCUCCUGGGCGACCGCGCCUUCCUCAUCGAGCCGGAGCACGUUGAAACCAUGGGUUAUGGGAAGGACCGCUCCGGCAGCCUCAUCUACCUGCACGACACCCUGGAGGACAUCAAGAAGGCCAACAACAGUCAAGAGUGCCUCAUUCCUGUCCACGUGGAUGGAGAUGGCCACUGCCUUGUCCAUGCAGUCUCAAGAGCGCUCGUUGGCAGGGAACUAUUCUGGCAUGCUCUCCGAGAGAAUCUAAAGAAGCAUUUUGAGGAGAAUCUAAGCCACUACAAGGCACUUUUCCAUGACUUUAUUGAUGCUGCAGAGUGGGAGGAUAUUAUCAAUGAAUGUGACCCUUUGUUUGUUCCUCCAGAAGGUGUGCCAAUGGGCCUUAGGAAUAUUCACAUCUUUGGCCUGGCCAAUGUGCUUCACCGGCCUAUCAUCCUGUUAGACUCCCUGAGUGGAAUGCGAAGCUCUGGAGACUAUUCAGCGACAUUUCUCCCUGGUCUCAUACCUCUGGAAAAAUGCAUGGGGAAAGAUGGCAUGUUGAACAAGCCAAUCUGUAUUGCGUGGAGUAGCUCAGGACGUAACCAUUAUAUUCCUCUGGUUGGAAUAAAAGGUGCUGCUUUACCUAAGCUGCCUAGGAAGCUGCUUCCUAAAGCCUGGGGAGUUCCUCAAGACCUCAUCAAAAAGUACAUCAUGUUAGAGGAGGACGGUGGUUGUAUUAUUGGAGGAGACAGAAGUUUGCAGGAUAAGUACUUGAUGAGGCUUGUUGCUGCAAUGGAGGAGGUUUUCAUGAGUAAACAUGGGAUCCACCCCAGUCUUGUAGCUGAUGUACAUCAAUAUUUCUACAGAAGGACUGGUGUAAUAGGGGUCCAGCCCGAAGAGGUCACUGCAGCUGCCAAAAAAGCAGUGAUGGACAACCGCCUUCACAGGUGCCUCAUCUGUGGGGCUCUUUCAGAGCAUCACGUUCCCCCUGAGUGGCUGGCUCCUGGGGGAAAGCUGUAUAACCUGGCAAAAAGUACUCAUGGCCAGCUAAGGCCUGACAAAAAUUACAGUUUUCCCCUCAACAGUUUGGUAUGUUCUUACAACCCCGUGAAGGAUGUGCUGGUACCAGACUAUGGCCUGAGUAAUUUGACUGUUUGUAACUGGUGCCACGGUAACUUAAUGCGUCGUGUCAGAGAAGAUGGGUCUGUUUUGUAUAUUGAUGGAGACAGAACUAAUACUAGGUCUUCAGGUGGCAAAUGUGGCUGUGGAUUCAAGCAUUACUGGGAAGGUAAAGAAUAUGACAAUCUGCCUGAAGCUUUUCCUAUAACUCUAGAGUGGGGUGGAAGAGUGGUGAGAGAGACUGUCUACUGGUUCCAGUAUGAAAGUGACACCUCUUUGAACAGCAACGUGUAUGAUGUCGCCAUGAAACUUGUUACCAAGCACUUCCCUGGUGAAUUUGGUAGUGAGAUUCUUGUGCAGAAAGUUGUCAACACAAUACUGCACCAGACUGCCAAAAAGAACCCUGAUGAUUAUACCCCUGUAAAUAUCGAUGGUGCUCACGCCCAAAGAGCUGAUGAUGUACAGCAAGGACAAGAAGUAGAGUCGCAACUUCCAACCAAGAUCAUUUUGACUGGUCAGAAGACUAAAACUUUGCACAAGGAGGAGUUGAACAUGAGCAAAGCUGAAAGAACUAUUCAGCAGAACAUUGCGGACCAGGCUUCUGUAAUGCAGAAACGGAAAAGUGAAAAAUUGAAACAAGAGCAUAAAGGGCAGCCCAGGACUGCUUCUCCUGGGGCUGUUCGUGAGGGGCCCUCAUCUGCACCUGCUACACCAACCAAAACCCCGUAUUCUCCAACAUCUGCAAAAGAGAAGAAAAUUCGAAUAACCACCAAUGAUGGGAGGCAGUCGAUGCUUACCUUGAAGUGCACUACUACCUUCUUGGAGCUCCAGGAAGGCAUAGCAAGAGAAUUUAAUAUUCCCCCGUAUUUGCAAUGUAUUCGCUACGGCUUUCCUCCAAAAGAGCUUCUGCCUCCCAAAGAAGGCAUGGAAAACGAGCCCGUUCCUUUGCAGCACGGUGACAGGAUUGCCAUAGAAAUCCUGAAGGGCAAGGAAGAAGGCAGGCAGGCUGCCUCAGCACACUCGGCCCAUGCUGUGAAGCACGAAGAUGUUGCUGUGACCAGUAAGAUCUCAUCAAAGGACCUGCAAGAGCAAGUUGACAAGGAGAUGUAUUCGCUCUGUCUUCUGGCAACCCUCAUGGGAGAAGAUGUUUGGUCUUACGCAAAGGGGCUUCCACAGUUGUUUCAGCAGGGUGGAGUAUUCUACAGCAUAAUGAAGAAAACAACAGUGUGCAACAAUCUGACUCAUCUUUCUACUUUAAGAAGCUGCUUACCUAUUUGUAAUCUUUCAGGUUUGGCUGAUGGCAAGCACUGCACUUUUCCACAUCUGCCUGGUAAAAACUUUGUGUACAAUGCAGCAGAAGACAGAUUAGAGCUGUGUGUGGAUGCUGCUGGGCACUUCCCGAUCGGUCCUGAUGUUGAAGAGCUGGUCAAAGAGGCCUUAAGUCAAGUGCGAGCAGAAGCUACAAGAAGCAGGGAAGCAAGUCCUUCACAUGGAAUGCUGAAGCUGGGUAGUGGUGGAGUAGUGAAAAAGAAAUCUGAACAACUACAUAACAUAACUGCAUUUCAAGGAAAGGGUCAUUCCCUAGGAACUGCAUCUAGUAGUCAACAACAUGAUCAAAGAGCCAGGGAAACACCACUUUUAAGAAAGCAUAGCACAGAAACGGACUUCAGUCCUUCUGCUAAAAUUGAGCCUUCUGUAUUCACAGCUGCUUCUGGUAACAGUGAGCUUAUUCGAAUUGCUCCAGGAGUUGUGACAAUGAGAGACAGCAGGCAGCUUGACCCCACUUUGAUUGAGGCACAGAGAAAAAAGUUGCAGGAAAUGGUCUCUUCUAUUCAGGCUUCAAUGGAUAGACAUUUGCGGGAUCAGAAUACAGAGCAGUCAGCAUCAGUUGAUGUAUCUCAAAGAAAAGUAGAGGCAGUGAGUUCAACUGCUAAAACUGGGAGCUUUCAGGCUGCCUUACCCGAAUCAUUCUCUGCACCAGUUGGUACUGAACACUUGAAUACUGAAUCAGCUGAUGGUAACAUGGUGAAUUCUGUGGGAACAUUCCCUGCAAGGUCUAAAGCACAAAAGGGAAAUUCUGUUGAGGAGCUUGAGGAGAUGGAUAGUCAAGAUGCAGGAAUCACUAAUGCAACUGAGCCAAUGGAUCACUCUUGAUAGGUUAAAAUCUAAUAAGGGUAGAAGAAAUUACUGUUCAAAUGUAAUGUUUAUUGGCUGGGCCACACAAAGUGAUUAGUUAUUAAAUCUUGUAUGUAUGUCAAAGACUAUAUCAUCUUAUUCAGUGCAUGAUAAGCAUGUGAUUGGCAAUAGCUUUCAAUAUUACCAUACUGCUGCCCAGGCUGGCUCUGUUACCUGUAAAUUAGUUAUUAGGAAAUGCACUGAGAUAAAUAUCUGCUGUACAUGUGGGUUCUUGAAAAUUCUUUGUAAUUUUUAAUUUCUUGAAAGUCUUAAAAUUUAAGCCCAUGCAAGGGUCUUAACCAUGCUAGCUUAAGGUUACUGGAAGGGCUAGAACAGGCAAAACUAGAAACAUGACAAAGUUAAUUCUGUCCCAGGUACUUAAUUCCAAUAAAACAAGACACUAUUAUAAUAAGUUAUACAUAAAUUUCAAAAAGUAACUGAAACUAAACUUCUGCUCAAUUUGAUAAUGCAGCAUAUACAGUACUUUUAAUUACAUUUUGCUGGCACUUCUCCAAUUUAAUAACUUUUUCAUUCAUAUCUUCCUCUCAAAUCUUGAAAUAAGUGUAACUUUAGGAAACUAAAGUCUAAGUUCUCUUAUUGCCAGUUAGAAAGCAAGCUAGAAAAAAAGGCCACACAGCAUAUGAUGAAGAUGCCUUGAAUGUGCUGUGGUUAUGCAUGGCUGUCUGAGACAACACAACCAUUUUGGUGCUCUGUUGGUAACAUGUCUUUAUUUCCACCCAAAUACCAAACUGGUCAGGUGGUUGUGCAACUUUUAAGACAGUUACGGGAGAGAAAUUUGCAAUCACAAGUAAAAGCAAAUGUUCAAUGGCAAAUCCAUUUCUUUUAGAAGACUUAGAUUGCUAGCAUUGGUUAGAAAUGGCAAAAAUGAAAUAACUGUCUUCUUAAGAGCAAAUUAACAAUUUAUUGGAAGGAAAUGACUCUCCAACACACAUUAUCCUAAAGCAUUUGGUGAUAACUGAGCUUUUAGAAGCUCACUGUUUACUCUGUGAGAACAAGGAAUACAUGCUGUUUCAGUGUCUAUAUGUCUAUAAAGACUACCCACCUCUCUCAGCCUCACUUCAGUUUGUGAUGCAGAUUUCCCUGCAUCAGUGAUAAUAGAGCUGGUAUCCACUUAAGUAGUAUGUUCAUCAGACCUGUAGUGCUGAUUUUUGAGAAGCAGCCAUUGUGCUUGCUCCCUGAGGAUGGAAUGUGUUUCUGAUACUGCACUUUGCUUCCUCUCUUCAUAAUCAUUUAAAUGCACUAUUGUUGCUUCUUCUCAUGGUAAAAGAACAUUAAAUGGAUGAAAAGAUGUUAAUACAGCUUCAAAGGAAUUAAGAGUAUUUAAAUACUGAAGCCUGUGUUUGUCACUUGUAGGUUUUACCAGUUCACAAAUGUGGUUUGUGUUGUAUAUGUUUGUAUUCAGAAAAGUCUCCUCACUUUUUACAUUUAUAAUCACAUAAACAGUUCUAAGCAUUAGUAUGAUAAAAUGUCCCAUGAGGAAGGAUUUAUUUUUGUAUGUAGAACUGAAAUGAAGUAAGUCACUUAAAGAAUAGCCCUUCUUUUCUGUCAAAGUAAAUUAAAAUGCCUCUGUUGGUUAACUUUUUUAUGUAGAUGGUACAAAUAUUUUAUGAUUUCGUAUACUACUUAGAGGUAAAAUAUAUCACAUUUUCACAAAUAAAUGAAAAAUGUUAAGAUCUCAAAAUGUUAUCUGGUAAGUUAGCAAUUUGGAAACUUGGAAUGUAUGAAGUAAUUGGCUUGCCAGAACUGACCUUGCUGAUGCACUGAUUAACUGGCAGGGCUUAUUCAAUGGGAAACAGGAUGCACAGGCAGCACCUGGAAGCCUGCCAUGACUUCUGAAAACAUUUAGUCUCCCAUGAAUCAGUCUAGCUCGCUGAAGGCUACAUCUAUAUAGAAAAUGUUGACUAGAGGCUUGUGCUUUGUCACAGUGUUAGAAGUGACUUGUUCCUGAAAAAAUAAAUUCAAUCGGGAGAGGCUGAGGGGGAGGAAUCUCUUGGAUCUCUUGCAUUUUAGACCAGGUAACCAAUGCUUUGACAGUUGUAACCUUUUCUUUAGGAAAAAAAAAGUCUUCCUUGACUGGAAAAAUAAUGAGCGAGCAGUGUAUAUGAGAGAAUUUCAAGUUUGAAAUAAAUUGAAAUAUUUAUUGCACAUUAUUCUUAUUUCAAGGAAGAAUGCUUACUUCUUUCAUGCCUUUCUGGUAAGACUGCAGAAGUCUGUGUGCCUUUUACUGUGUAAAGAGGAAGGCUUGGUUUAGUUUUGACACACUUCCCAUUUCAGCAGUAAUUUGACAUUUUCCUUCUUAUCUAAAUAGACAUAGAAACAGAUAAUAGCUCUGACUCACCAUUAGCAUCAUCUAGGGCCUACUCAAGUCAUGUACAUCAGAGCCCUCUAGUUCCUAAAAGAAGGUGGUCUCACAGGACUGGUAAAAUGGUGUCAAUCACAAGAUCCACUGCUGUGAAUUCUGGAAGGCAGCAUUGUGCAUAUUUCUUUGCAGUGUUCUUAUCUCACGUAGCUUUUUCAUGCAUUUAAUAUCAGUGGUUUUGAGAAGGAUAGAUAGCUUUUGAUACUCUCAAGUGAAGCUAAACUUCAUCUAUGUGCCAGUGAGAUGUGUGACUGGGCAGGAGAAGUGAAAUAAAGAACACUGAAGUGUAAGUUGGAACAGAUGUUUCAUUUGGUUGCUGGCAGUGGAUGCAAAUGUAAGUUGAGACAAAUCUGUGUGCCUGUCUAGAGAAGCACCAGUGUGCUUGUUAGAAUUCCCUAUUAGAGUCAGGGAAAUGCUGGUGGGGGACAAGGGCAGGGAAGACUUCAGCUCAUUGUGGAUGAGAUGAUGUGUUGGCAGGACUUCUCAAAUGUCAAGAAUGGUGCCCUGUUCUUGAAAAGUAAAGGCAACCGACCCAAAUCCUUGCUACCAAUUUGCCUGUGGAAAGAGGUUGUGGUUUUGAGUGCCCAACUUGAUCACUUUCUUGUCUGAAGGCCAGCAAUCUUCUACACUGCGUCUCAUGGCAAAGAAGACACAUUAUUAGAAAAUCCUAAAUGUUACUAUGGCUUAGUAUGUAUAACCCAAAGAAAAAAUUAUUACUAAAAAUACAGACCUAGUACAAAAAGAAAAAGGGGAAUGAACUAGAUUGCUGGUGAGCAUUUGGGAAACCUUGGGAGAACAGAUCAGUUUUCCAGGGAAAUGCAAGACUUUUGCUACUUCAAAUGGCUGGCUGCUUAGCAAGGUUGACUUUUUGAUAGUGCUGUUUUUCUCUGAAUUGUUUGCAUUUCAGUGAGGGAAAAUAAAUAGCAGAUUUUCAAAUGAAAUCAAAGAAAUGUAUUUGGGAUGUCUUCCCUGUUGUAACAAAAACAAAGCAGCUGUGUGCAUUGUUGGCUUUGUGAAUCCCGUAUAGUUUACUAGUCUUGUGCUGGCUGCAAAAUACAAGCUAGACAUUGCCUCUGACAGAGUGCUCUAGCAGUGUCACAGAGGCACGGUGCCACAGGGCUGUGUGCUAACAACCCUGCGAGGCCAAAAUACUUGAUUUACAAUCUUUCAUAAAGUAGAAUCUGUUGUCACUGUCACAGGGUUGGUGGAGUUGCUUGCUACUUUUUCAAUGUGCUGAAAAUUCCAGAUAACAAAAUUCUUGGUAUGUUCACAGUUGGGAGAAUAAUGUUCCAUCUGAAUUGCAUAGAAAAUGAAUGAUUUAAGAAGAUGCCACUGUUAUCUCCACAUUUGUUUGGCUCCUAUUUUUAAAUAUCAGAAUCUACAUGCUUUUGUAAAAUAAUAAUAAUAUGAAUAUGAAGUUAAUACUUUUGUUAAAAAAGGCCACAGCAGAGAGUGGUUUCUUUGUUUUGCUUGUGGAUAUCAGUUUAGCUUCAUGAGGAAGUUGCUUAAGAUCUUUAGAAUGCAGGAUUCCCUCUGAGCCCUUAUGCCUGUGGUUGAGCAAUAAAAGGUUGAAACAAGAGUGGUAUUUUCAGAGUUAUUUUACACUUGAUGAGGAUUAUUAUUGCCAAGAAAUGAAAGAGUGCACUUUUAGGAGGGAAUACUAUUUAAAGUGUAUAAAUAGGAAUUAAAAUAGUGUAUAUAUUUAGAAAAUAAUCUUUUUAAAAAGUAAGUGCUUUACAUGUUGAAUUAAUAAAUUAGCAUAGAAACUGUACCAUCUUCACAGUACUGGCUGUUACUCAGCAAGGUUUGGUUUGUUUUAUUUGUGAUUGCUGUACUAAUUAUAUUUGAUUUUUUUUUAUCUGUAAUGUAACAAUAGUGUAUUAUAACAGUAUAUAGUGUACUAUACUACACUUCACUGUACAGUAUUUGGAAUUUUCUUUGAUUGCUAUAUUAAAACUAUAAGUUAAAACAUC